UUGUUUGGGAUCCCGAUACCUAUAGCUUUGCACUUUUCCAAAAUUUUGUCCUGCGAGAAAAUAUGUUUUUUUUUGGGCACAUCAUUUUACAUCCUUAUUUUCUGUCUAUCCAAACAGGCCCUUGGGCACUGGGUUGGACUAGUUUUUUUCCAGGGAAACAAACGGCGUUCUGUUAUCAUACGCGAAUGCAAAAUGUCGUCCGUGCGAGGGGUACCGGUGAGUCAAACCCGAGUCCGGACGAGACUAAAGGAGCCUGAGGAAAUACGACGUCGUAGAGCACUGAAAAGAGUGGACAGAGAGCUUUCAAAGAGCAACUUCAGGGCGGCGCUCUCUCUGGUCAAGCAGUUGCAAGGUAAGCCCGGUGGUCUCCGUGGCUUUGGUGCCGCUAAACAGGUGUCUCAAAGAAUUUCAUCCUUGGAUGAAUUAGACCUCGGUGGAAUGGAUACAUCAUCUCUCAGAUCAUUAGUUGAUUCAGUUCUGGAUUCCAUUAGGCGUAGCAUUCAGUUUCCGUUAACCGGUGAGGUAUAUUGGUUCAUUUGA